CUCCUCUGCGGGUAAACAGACAUGGCCGGCGAGAGAGACCCGCAGGACGCUGCGCACAACAUGGGCAACCACCUGCCGCUCCUCCCUGCAGAGAGUGAGGAAGAAGAUGAAAUUGAAAUGGAAGUCGAAGACCAGGAUAGCAAAGAAGCCAAAAAACCAAACGUCAUAAAUUUUGACACCAGUCUGCCAACAUCACAUACAUAUCUGGGCGCUGAUAUGGAAGAAUUUCAUGGCAGGACUUUGCACGAUGACGACAGCUGUCAGGUUAUUCCAGUUCUGCCACAGGUGAUGAUGAUCCUGAUCCCUGGGCAGACCUUACCUCUUCAGCUUUUUCGUCCUCAGGAAGUCAGUAUGGUGCGGAAUUUAAUUCAGAAAGACAGAACCUUUGCAGUUCUUGCAUACAGUAAUAUACAGGAGAGGGAAGCACAGUUUGGAACAACAGCAGAGAUAUAUGCCUAUCGAGAAGAACAGGAUUUCGGAAUUGAGAUAGUGAAAGUGAAAGCAAUUGGAAGACAAAGGUUCAAAGUCCUUGAGCUAAGAACACAGUCAGAUGGAAUCCAGCAAGCUAAAGUGCAAAUUCUUCCUGAAUGUGUGUUGCCUUCAACCAUGUCUGCAGUUCAGUUAGAAUCCCUCAAUAAAUGCCAGAUAUUUCCUUCAAAACCUGUCUCAUGGGAAGACCAGUAUUCAUGUAAAUGGUGGCAGAAAUACCAGAAGAGAAAGUUUCAUUGUGCAAAUUUGACUUCAUGGCCUCGCUGGCUAUAUUCCUUAUAUGAUGCUGAAACUUUAAUGGAUAGAAUCAAGAAACAGCUGCGUGAAUGGGAUGAAAAUCUAAAAGAUGAUUCUCUUCCUUCAAAUCCAAUAGAUUUUUCUUACAGAGUAGCUGCUUGUCUUCCUAUUGAUGAUGUAUUAAGGAUUCAGCUCCUUAAAAUUGGUAGUGCCAUCCAACGACUUCGCUGUGAACUAGAUAUUAUGAAUAAAUGUACAUCUCUUUGCUGUAAACAAUGUCAAGAAACAGAAAUAACCACCAAAAAUGAAAUAUUCAGUUUAUCAUUGUGUGGACCGAUGGCAGCUUAUGUGAAUCCUCAUGGAUAUGUGCAUGAGACACUGACCGUGUAUAAGGCUUGCAACUUGAACCUCAUAGGCCGGCCUUCUACCGAGCACAGCUGGUUUCCUGGGUAUGCUUGGACUAUCGCCCAGUGUAGGAUCUGUGCAAGCCAUAUUGGAUGGAAAUUUACGGCCACCAAAAAAGACAUGUCACCUCAAAAAUUUUGGGGUUUGACUCGAUCUGCUCUGCUGCCCACUAUCCCAGACACUGAAGAUGAGAUAAGUCCCGACAAAGUAAUACUUUGCUUAUAAACAAAUGCAGUAGAGAUAAAGUUAAUAUUUAUUAAGUUGGUCUUGUAAAAUCAGAUCUGCUUUGGAAAUUACUGCAUUUGAUGCAUACCCAAGUAAAAAGCAACAUUACAUGGAAGGUUGCAGUUUCUUAGUCAAAAGGUAUUUGAAGUUUUAAAUUAAAAUAUACUAUUGGAAGGAUGAAAAACAGUUUAGAAAACUUGGUUUUUAGGAAUAUCUACCUUAGUAUCAUUAUAGUCUGGCCUGCUAGGACACGAAGACCUCUCUGAAAGGGGAGGAGAUGGGUUUCCUGCACAAACUUACUUGUAAUUCCUCUAACACGAGGUUAGCCACUUGCUCAUGAUACAUGGAACCAACAGCAAGUUCUUACCUGUGCUCUGACAGAAGUUCCCAAAGCUAGGGUGCCAAAUACAAGGUCCUUUAAUUUUCUUGAGUUUCUCUCAUACUGAUUUGUAAAUUUUGAAAAUAUUAAAGAGUUAAAAUAUACAGUUUGAGCCCCAAAAUAGUGUUCAUUUCCUUACGCAUUUGUUAGUGAGAAAUAUAACUUAUUCGCUCAGUGUUUGUCUGAACAACCUGGUUAUUCUGUUCCAAAUUCCAAUUUGAACCUAAAUUAAUACGGAACAGAGAUAUUUAUUAGAACACACCUCCCUUCUGUCUGGUUAAAAGUAACUGUAUUUUGUAAGCACCUCAGUUCCAUGUAAAUUGAAAAUCUGUAAGUAAAAUUUAAGAGCAAACAAUAUUACACCAUCUUUGUUUAAAUAAUGUAAAAUAUUUACUCACAAGCUGCUUAAUUGAAGCAUUAAGAUGAAGUUUUAGAUAGACUGAUUAGCCACCUACCUCUUCGCUUCUAUGUUCAAGUGUUGAUUAGAACCUUUCACAUUUGUGUAAAUAUGACAACUUCACUGCUUUACAUAAUUGGGGAAAGUUCAGCUAAUGGGGAGAAAUGUAUGAGGCCAAAAACAGACUGUUAAAUCUGUUUUAAUUAAUAUUUUCUUUUACCAAAUGUGCAAUGGUUAUGAUUGCCUAAACUAAAAUGCUCAACUGAAGAUCUCAUGUUGUGUAUUUAUGUACAGGAGGUAAGUGAAAAGCAUCUCAAGAACGCUGUCCAUUCUGUAGGACAUCCCCAAGCUGUAGGGGUUUUGUAGUACUAACAACCUUGGGUUUAUAGGACUGUAACCAGUUGUUCAGACAGCCUUACCCUAUGCCAGCAGCACAGUCACAGAGAGUGCACACUACUUUUACUUUUGCCACCUGAAGGGUGUAGUCUCACAGUGUUCUAUUUUGUUUACUAACACUGGCCAAUAAAAUUUUCAGAUACAUAAAAGAAGUGCAUUUAACACUAUUUUAAACUGGUUUUGUAAGUAACAAAAUAAGACCUCUGAAAUACCUCUCUACAUACUUCUAUUUAGAAAUACAGAUUCUCUGAUUUUAGUGAGAUUUAAAUUACUAACUUCUCCCCACAAGGGACAGAGAUGCUAGGACUGGCUACACAAAAAGUAAAAUCAAUUAUAAAAUGUCAGAGUGUAACAGCUGAAACAAUACUUGGCACUGUACACCCCUUUACCUACUGAAAGCAUUUGGGGCUCAAGCCUUUAAAAACCAUACAUACAGGUCUGGUCAUGGAUGUUUUAAUGUAGGCCAUAUCUUUUUAAUUUGUGAAAAAAAUAAAUGACUGAGGGUACAGGA